CAGGAUGUUGCCUGUAGUUAAAUGCGCGAGGGCGGAGGAGUGUGUGUGUGUGUGAGUAAAGGAGCAGGGAAAGCUAUUAUUUGAAAAACAAAUCUCGACAACUGUAUUUCUCUGAGGCAUUUUAAGACGACAUCUUUGGUCAGUAUAUAUUUUCGGUGAUAAUCCUCAUGGAAUAUAAAGAGUUAGUCACCGCGAAUACGUCUGCAUAUCGGAUAAUACAAUGGCUGGUGAUCUGGAUGACCGUUGUGUUCAUCGCCCCGUACACACGCGCACAGAUGCGUUACUCGAUCCCGGAGGAAAUGAGGAAAGGGGCUCUGAUUGGCAACAUUGCCAGCGACCUCGGCAUCGAUGUGAAGCGACUGAGAGCAGGCCGUGCUCGUAUCGUGACCGGAGAUGGCACACAACAUGCUGAGCUGAAAACUGACAAAGGAACUCUAGUCGUCGGUGAAGUGAUAGACAGAGAAGAGCUCUGCGGUGAGACGACCCCGUGUAGCUUUAGUUUCGAAAUCAUCCUUGAUAAUCCCAUGGAGCUUCAUCACGUUACGUUAGAGAUAGUGGACGUUAACGACCACUCACCCGAGUUUCAGAAAAAAGAAAUAAGUCUGGAGAUCAGUGAAUCUGCAGUACCGGGCGCGCGUUUUUUAUUAGGGAGCGCAGACGACCCUGAUGUUGGAAUAAACGCUCUGCAGAAUUAUGUGUUGUCUAGUAAUGAUAAUUUUGUACUGAAGCAGCACUCUCGUCCAGAUGGGGUGAAAUACGCUGAGUUGGUGCUUCAGACGCCGUUAGACAGAGAAAAGCAGCCUCGUAUCUCUCUGACGUUAACGGCUGUUGAUGGUGGGAAUCCACCAAGAUCUGGCUCUGUAAAAAUUGAGGUUACAGUUUUAGACGUCAAUGACAAUGCUCCCUUGUUUAACCAGUCUGUAUAUAGAGUGUCUGUCAUAGAAAACGCAUCAAAAGGCACACAUAUCGCUACCGUUAAUGCCAGUGAUGUGGACAGUGGAACAAAUGGAGUGAUAACUUAUAGCUUUGCAAAUCUUAAAGGUAACAUAGCUGAUAUAUUUACAAUAGACGAACAAACUGGCGUGAUAUAUGUCAAUGGUGAAAUUGACUAUGAAAAGGCUAAGAAAUUUGAAAUAGGCAUUGAAGCCAAAGACCAGGGAGGUCUAGGAGACUCAAGUAAAGUUAUAGUUGAGGUCAUAGACGUGAAUGAUAAUUCGCCUGCUAUUAGUGUGAUGUCAUUUUCAAGUCCCGUGUCCGAAGACGCACCACCCGGUACAACUAUAGCCAUCCUUAACGUAAAAGAUCUGGAUGCAGGAAACAAUGGCCAGGUGAGCUGUUCCAUUGACGACAAUCUACAAUUCAAAAUAAAGUCAUCCUUACGAAAUUAUUAUACGCUCGUAACGGAUGCAACACUAGACAGAGAGAGAAUCUCUGAAUACAACAUCACCAUCAUAGCGAUGGAUUCCGGGUCCCCUCCGCUUUCUAGUCGCAGAACUUUACACCUUAAAGUGUCCGACGUCAAUGACAACAGCCCCAUGUUCCCACAAGUUGAGUAUACCGCGCAUGUACUUGAAAAUAUCUCUCCAGGAACGUCCAUAUUUAGAAUUAGUGCUGAAGACGUAGAUUGGAAUCAGAACGCACGGAUAUCCUAUUUCAUUGAAGACACAUUAGUAGCUGGAUCUCCUAUGUCCUCUUUUAUUUCAGCCAACGCCGAGACUGGUGUCAUUUAUGCAGUGCGUUCAUUCGACUACGAACAAAUGAAAAAUAUCACAAUUCGUGUCAGAGCACAAGACAGCGGUUCUCCACCUCUGAGCUCAAAUGUAACACUAAACAUUCUCAUUGACGACGAGAAUGACAACGCACCCCAGGUCCUCUACCCGGUCCAGAGUGGCGGUUCUGUGGUGGCAGAGAUGGUUCCUCGUUCAGCAGAUGUGGGAUAUCUGGUCACUAAAGUGGUGGCUGUUGACCUGGACUCUGGGCAGAACGCCUGGCUGUCAUACAAGCUCCAGAAAGCGGCAGACAGGGCGCUGUUUGAAGUGGGUCUCCAGAACGGAGAGAUCAGGACCGUACGUCAGGUGACUGACAAAGAUGUCUUGAAGCAAAAGCUGACCGUUAUAGUGGAGGACAACGGGCAGCCGUCCCGUUCAGCUGCAGUCGUUGUGAACGUGGUUGUGGCUGACAGCUUCCCGGAAGUGCUCUUCGAAUUUACUGACUUUACGCACGACAAAACCUUUAACGACAACCUAACAUUUUAUCUAAUCCUGGCUUUGGCCGUGGUGUCGAUUCUCUUCAUAUUUUCGGUCAUCUCCAUCAUCUCUGUGAAGAUUUACAGAUGGAGACAGAGCAGGCUGUUUUACAAAUCAGCAGCCAACCUCCCUGUUAUCCCCUAUUACCCUCCCGUCUUCCCAGAAGGGACCCUGCAACGCGUGUACAACUAUGAGAUGUGUGGGACCACAGACUCUAGGAUGAGUGAUGUGAAGUUUGCAAGGCCUUACAGUCAGGGCACGCUGGUGGAUGUGAGUCACAUGGGGACUAUGCAGAGAGAACACGUAGAGCAGGAUCAUGGAGACUUCACUGGAGAGGUGAGAUAA